AUGCAUCGGCAACGAGAAGCCGAUCGAUGCUCAAGUGCAGCCCCUUCCGAAACCUCUGGGUCAACGUCACCUGAACGUGCCGCCGAUGAUGACACCGAUUUCUUCAUGGCCCAGACCAACGACUCGCAAUCCUCCAUCGGUGUGGCCAAUUUCCGCGAUUCUCGCCUGUCAAGUGAACAAUCCGAGCCAUUGCCGCCGAUCGGCCGCCUCCCACCCGAGAUUCUGAUCGCGAUUUUCUCGAAACUGGUUGCGCCUUCAGAUAUGCUAAACUCCAUGCUGGUGUGUCGAGGGUGGGCUGCAAACUCUGUAGGUAUACUGUGGCAUCGGCCGACUUGCAACACCUGGGCCAAUGUGAGAAGCGUGACUACAUCGUUGGGGAAGCCAGACAGUCUUUUCAACUACGCAGACCUUAUCAAGAGACUGAAUCUAUCUGCUCUGUCAGAUGAUGUCAGCGAUGGAACUAUUCUCUCUUUCAACCAGUGCAAACGGAUUGAGCGGUUGACGUUAACAAGCUGCAAGAACUUGACGGAUAAGGGUGUGUCGGACUUGGUGGAGGGGAACCGGCAUCUGCAAGCACUGGAUGUUUCAGAAUUGCGACACCUUACAGACCACACGCUCGCCACUGUAUCCAGGGAUUGUCCCCGUCUGCAAGGCUUGAACAUCACAGGAUGUUCAAAAAUCACCGACGAUGCUUUGCUCAUUGUAUCACAGAAGUGCCGUCAAAUCAAAAGGUUGAAACUCAAUGGAGUUUCUAAUGUCUCAGACCGGGCCAUUCAGUCUUUUGCUGAGAACUGCCCAUCUAUACUGGAAAUCGACUUGCAUGACUGCAAACUUGUCACUAGCAUAUCAGUGACUCCGUUGCUUACGACACUGCGGCAUCUCCGAGAGCUGAGGCUCGCACACUGCAUCGAAAUCGACGACAGUGCGUUCCUGUCGUUACCUUGUCAAAUGACCUUUGACAGCCUUCGUAUCCUGGAUCUCACUGCAUGCGAGAACGUUAGGGAUGACUCAGUGGAGCGAAUCGGUAUUCAUGCUUUGCUAAAUAGCUGCCCGCGCCUGACUCAUUUGAGUUUGACUGGCGUCCAAGAGUUCCUACGAGAAAAUCUCACCGCAUUCUGCCGAGAAGCUCCCCCAGAGUUCACGCAACAACAACGGGACGUCUUUUGUGUGUUCAGCGGUGAUGGUGUUAAUCGACUCCGGGACCACUUGAACCGAAGUGAACCACACUUUCAUGAAGAAGCCGAAGCCACGAUGUACGAUGACGACGAAGAAUUGGAUGAAGAUGAAGGCCAUAUGACUGGGCUGAUGAACGCAACUGUCAUCAACGACGGAGAUGACGAUUAUAUCGACGUUGGGCCUUUGAACACUUGA